AUGUCUUCUGUGAGCUCAUCGUCCACCUUCCGCUCGGAGCACAUCAGCACCUACAGUCCUGCGAAGCCUUGCUUUGAACCCCUGCUUGACCCUCCACAUGGGAUCUUUGGUGCCGGGAGGGCCCGAGAGUCCUAUGGAUACUCAGGCUCACCCCCAGCAGUACACCCCUCCACUCUGGGCAGCAGCAACGUGAUCGCCAGUGGCGACAAGUACCAGGUCAUGGCUGACCUCAGUCAGUUUGAACCUCAAGACAUUGUGGUGACCACCUACAACUAUUGUAUUGUCAUCCAGGCGGAGAAGGUGGCGGAAGAUGGCACAGUCUCCAACACCUUCACUCACAAGUGCCAGCUCCCAGCAGACAUGGAUCCACUGUCCAUCAGCUGUUCCCUGAACGAUUCUGGCAAGUUGAUCAUCACUGCUAGGCGGCAACUCCUGGCCCCACCACCUCUCUAUCGCACGGAAGUCAAGCUCUAA